AUGGAGGUUCGGGUCCAGGCGCUCUCGGAGCAACUUGUGAGGAAACAGGAGGCUUUGGACGCAGCUCUCUCCAACGUCUACGCCGCAGAGGCCCGAUUCAAGGCUUCGGAAGCGCGGGUAAAAGCCCUGGAAUCCCAACUGGCGGCGGCGGAUUAUGACGUGGAGAGUCCUGCAGCCGGGGCCAUGUGA